AUGGACACUGCAGUGCAGACUCGUGAGCGAAAGAUUCUGGAGCUGACCGAUCUGGUGUAUGCUUCCCUCGACUUAGAGUAUGUCAGAACCACGGGAUCACUCUUUGCAUCGAAGUCAUUGAGGCACUCGGCCGCCAGACAGCAGAUGAGCUUUAUGAAGAAUUUUGAAUACGAAGGCCGGCUCCUCACUGAGAAAGUCACGACCAGUGUCGUCAAGAAUCUCCUCGACUCCAAGUCGUUGGAGAUCCCAACAUGCACUCCUGGCUACUCCAAACGAAAGUGGGUUAAAGAUAGUGCCCAGCUGCUACUAUCUUUACUCCAGAAGGCUAGAAGAUCAUACAGCGCCAUGGAUACCAUGGAUACACAGCCAUGGCAGCUGGAUGAAACCGAGGACGCACAGGUGAUCAAGCGGGCGGCCUCGAGUACUUCCAGUGAUCCGAACAAUGGCUGGGUUUGGAAGGACGACUAUGGUUGGAUCCGCAAGGAGCUCGCUGCAGAUGAUCAUCUGGAGCCCGCUGACCCUGACCAUGAGGAUCCGGUGAAAUGGCAAGAUGAAAAUUAUGAUAUGGAUUCCACUGGCAAGGAAGGGACAUGGAGCUGGAAUGAGCCGAAGGUCCUCAAGAUGGAGGGCGACGAUGCCGAGGCCUGGGAUGAUCACGAUGAUCAUGGUUGGGCCGAGCAGGUGGAUGAUGACACAGGUGAUGACGCCGAGGCACCGAAAUGGACGGAGGAUUACGGGGACGCCAAGGCACCGGAAUGGACCGAGGAGCACGGGGACGCCCAG